AUGGCUGGCAUGGAGGCGGGCGAACCAUGGCUGCCGCCUUUCUCCCCCUCGACUGUGAAGGCCAAGGCCGUCGCGCCCUUUCCCAAAGGCCCCAAGCGUGCGAUCGGCGACCGUGCUUCCGCGUUCUCGCCCAUGGCGCUGCUUUCAAGGCUGCUGUCGGCGACUCUGGAACUGCUGGGGUUCCAACGUGUGGAUCCGACCCUGGACGUGUACGAGUGUUCCACACCAACGAGCAGCAGCCAAGCAAUAAGUGCCUGGUCGCCAGCUAGUGAGUCCACACCGUCCAGUUCCACUUCUAUUCAAGAGAUCCAGUCCACAUCGUCUGUCUGCACAACAAGUCCAGAGACGGAGUCCACAUCUUCGGGAUUCGCUACGAAUCAAGAGACCGAGUCUACAUCGUGCAGGGAAUCCGUCGCACUUGAAUUUGACAAUCCAGAAUUUGAGAAGGAAGAGGAACAGAGCAAGGAAGACACGAGUGAAGACUCCUUCGGGAAAGAAGCGCAGAUCGAGCACGAAGAUUAUGCUGAACCUCUCCUUCAGGAAGAAGGCAACAGGUUUUGCAUGUUCCCACUGAGGUACCCAAGAGUGUGGGACAUCUACAAGGCAGCACUCAGCAACUUCUGGACGGUUGAGGACAUCGACUUGCAAGCGGACAGCAGCGAUUGGCAUCUGCUUUCUGGUGACGAAAGAAGCUUUGUGAAGGAUAUUGUGGGAGUUCUGGGUGGCUCAGAUGCUGCCAUCCUUCAAAGCAUCGCACUCAAGUUCAUGACAGAUGUCAUGGCUGCAGAGGCCCGGGCAUUCUACGGUUUCCAGCUCGCAAUUGAGAACGUCCACAACGAGCUGUACGGCAAGCUCCUGGGUCAGUAUUUCCCUGAUGAAACAGAUUCCCGCAAGAGGCGCCUCACGAGCCUCCAGAAGAAAGCGGACUGGGCCGCACGGUGGAUGGGCCCAGGCAGCACCUUCCCUCAGCGCAUCGUGGCUUUGGGAUGCAUCCAGAGCGUCAACUUUGCGCGCAACUUCUUCGGCGCGUGGCUGAAGGGACGGGGGGCAAUGCCGGCCCUGACGCACGCCAGCGGCCUGAUCUGCCGCGAUAGGGAUCUGCAGGCCCAGUUCAACUGCAUGUUGUACGGCAUGCUGGACACACGGCUCACAGAACGGGCGGCACGCCUGAUCGUCCAGGAGGCCGUCAGCCUCGAGAAGGAGUUCGUUCGGGAAGCCUUCAGUCUGGGGGCUAUUGGAAUCGGCGAGGAGAGUUCGUCCAGCUAUGUCGAGUUCCUGGCGGACGAGCUAUUGGAGGGGCUGGGGCACCGGAGAAUUUACUUGAGCAGGAACCCAUUCGAAGGGGAGGAGCACGCCGGGAGCGCGACAGUUGAGUACCAAUUCAGCGGGACUAAGGGGUCCAACCUGAGCUCGCCGGGCUAUUCGCGGGGCGACUAUGUACUGACAACGGAUGAGGACUUCUGA